AUGGCGGUGCUGGUUUGGAGGAAGCUGCUGGUUUUGUCAUCUUGGCAAUGUGAGGCUGCAUGGAGAAGGGCUAUUCACGCAACAACAUCAUGCUUCAAGAAUCGAGCAGCUCGUGUUCGUGUUGGAAAGGGUGAUAAACCAGUUACUUAUGAGGAGGCACAUCCACCUCACUUCAUCGCUCACAGAAAAGGCUGGCUGUCCCAACACACCAGCAAUCUGGAUGGUGAAGAAGGAGCUGCAGACCGUACAAUUGAGGAUGUUUUCAUCCGCAAGUUUAUUUAUGGAACCUUUCAUGGCUGUCUCACCAAUGAUGUGGUUGUGAAGAGGAGACCAACCGUGAUUGUCAUCUGCGCCAUCUUCAUUCAGAAAUUGCCACCUCAAAAGUUCUAUUUCCUGAUCGGCUACACAGAGACUCUCCUCUCAAACUUGUAUAAAUGUCCUGUCAAAAUGGAAGUGCAGACAGUGGAGAAAAAGAUUAGGCAGCAGAUCACAGAGAGAGAGAGACGGAGAACAAUUGUUGAGCUCCAUUCUUCGAAUUUUCAGGGGGUAGAACUGCUGCCAAACACCAGACCACAACAGACUAAAGGACCCAAAGAAAAGGAAGGCGUUUCAAUGGGCAAUCUAUUUUCAAAACGUAAGUCAACGCCAGUAACAACAACCAGAGCUCCAACAACCCCAUUUACAACAACAGUAACAGCAACAAUGACUCUACCAACAGAAGUGGCUCAACCAGUCAACGUGUACCACGUGUUGGGGGGUGUGGCGCUGGUUGUGCUGAUGGUUUUGUUCCUGAUUGCUGUACUUCUGUAUUUUAUCAAAAGGGCGAAAGGAAAUGCAGUCAAGGCUACACAUGGAACAGGAACAACAGAGCGCAGCAAGGAUUCUGAAAGCUUUGACAGUCAUUUUGUCUAUGCUAGCAUCGCUAAGCCCCCAGGACACGUCCCCAACCAUUCCCACCCGGAGACUCCCGCAAGGAAAGCAGAGAAAGCUCCCGAAGUAUUUUACAGCACAGUGGAGUUCAAGUCGGAGAACCAACCCACUUCAAUCCAAGCACACACAGAAGGAAGCGAAUACGCCAGCAUUGUCCUUAAAGCAAAAUAGAUUCGAUUGAGGACACCAAGCAAGACCAAAUACUCGGUUUGUAUCUUUCCGGUGUCCCUUUUCAGCAUUGAGGAUGGUUUUUUUCUACUCUGGGUGGACAGGUUCUGAGGUGGCUGAAAGGUCCAAUGUGUGACCCACGGACUCUGCCAGAUUGGGAUGGGUUGUGGUUAGCACUUGGAGGGUUGGGUUGGCACAUUGUUUGGAAGUUUAGGUGCUCUAUCCAUUUACUGACGGUGUGUUCCUGACAAUCCCUCGAUGUGCUUACUAUCUUCCUGAAUCUUAAGUAUGGAUGUUUUCAAUUGAUGGCAAAAGUGAGGACUGCAGAUGCUAGAACUCAGAGUCUAGAUUAGAGUGGU